GAUCAGUUUCCCAGUUCUGUGCGGAUCAGCAGCGACGAGCAGCGAAGUUUUCGCGAUAGUUUUCCGAGAGAUUCACUCCAGCCAAACCUGCCAGCAGCCGAAACAAAGCCGGGCAAUCGGAAUGGCCUCGUUGGUGAAUAGUGUACGCGGUUUGGCCUGCCGAAAUGCGCCGCUGCUGCGCUGCCUAGCGCUCCGUUCGGUCUCGUCGUCGGCAACGACCACGGCGGUCCGGGUGGAUGCAAAGUGUAAUCAGAAGGCCUCGAACUCCUUUGCGGCGCUCCUGUCCCCGUUUGAGCAAACCGGCCGAUGGCAACUGGCGAUAGUCCGACAGUACAGUGCCAAGGAACCGCUAACGCUUCAGCUGAUCAAAGAGCGGGUCCUGCUGGUGCUCAAGCUGUACGACAAGGUCAAUCCGGAGAAGCUGACGCUGGAAUCGCACUUUAUCAACGAUUUAGGCCUGGAUUCGCUGGACCAUGUGGAAGUGAUAAUGGCCAUGGAGGAUGAGUUCGGCUUUGAAAUUCCCGAUGGUGAUGCGGAAAAGUUGUUCAGACCUGCCGACAUUGUUCAGUACAUCGCUGACAAAGAGGACAUUUACGAGUAGAGAGAGAGACAGAAUGCAUGUGUGUAUGUAGGGUGUGUGUACCGGGCGCACGCCGAAAGGUGCCCGAUUUGUAAAGUCUCUGCCCACCCGGGACGCUUGACCGCGGACGUUGUAGAUCUUAGUUUUUGUUUAAUUGGAUGGAUGGAAUGAAUGUUGCAGGAUCAGAUACCGGCCCAGUGGACAAAUGCACCUGAGGCGCUGAGUGGGAUUGUGAAACAAUCGUACGGCGCGAUCCCGGUGUCCGUCGCCGUUUGCCAUUCUGCGCAAAAGAGCAGCAAAUACUUCAAGCAAAACAACAACACAAAACACAAGGCGCACCCUCGCCAGCAGGGUGUGUGCCGGUGGCGGCACAGCAACUCCGUGCCGUGGAAAAGGUAGCCGAAAUGGACCGUAUGAACCGUAAUGUAACUAAAAUAAAAACGUAUCUGCUGAUUCGCCGCUCCUGUUAAA